UCGGCUGCCAGCGGGACCGCACUAUCCUCCCCGCCUGGCUCUGAAGGGUGCCCGGCAGCCAUGGAGAUGCUGGUCCUGGCCGGAGACCGCGCGCAGGAGGAGGACGAGCUGAGUCUGGCGCCCGGGGACGUGGUGCGGCAGGUGUGCGAAGGGCCCGCACGGGGCUGUCUGCGCGGAGAGCUGGGGGACCACCGUGGCCUCUUCCCUGAGCGCCUGGUGCAGGAGAUCCCGGAGACUCUGCGCGGCGCCGGGGAGGCGCCGAGACCGCGCUGUGCGCGCCGCCGAGGUCGCUCCGCCAAAUCUCGGGAUCCCCAAAGAUGGUGCAAAGUGAACUUCAGCUACAGCCCGGAGCAGGCGGACGAGCUGAAGCUGCAAGCUGGGGAGAUUGUGGAAGUGGUAAAGGAGAUUGAGGACGGCUGGUGGCUGGGGAAGAAGAACGGGCAGCUGGGAGCCUUCCCAUCCAACUUUGUGGAGUUGCUGGACAGUGGGCCCCCAAGCCUUGGUAACCCAGACAUGCCUUCAAUCAGCCCUGGUCCCCAGCGGCCUCCCAAGCUGAGCAGCCUGACCUAUGACAGCCCUCCAGACUACCUGCGGACAGGCUCCCACCCAGAGACCUACAGGGUCCUGUUUGACUACCAGCCCGAGGCCCCAGACGAGUUGGCGCUGCGGAGGGGGGACGAGGUGAAAGUACUAAGGAAGACCACAGAGGAUAAGGGCUGGUGGGAAGGAGAGUCUCAAGGCAGAAGAGGAGUUUUCCCAGACAACUUUGUGCUCCCACCACCCCCAAUCAAGAAACUGGCCCCACGGAAAGUGGUAUCUCGGGAAUCAGGUCCCAUUAAGGAACCAAAAAAGAUGGUGCCCAAAACAGCCCUUCCUAUGGUCAAGAAGCUGGUGAUAGCCCCCACUGGGCCCAGCAAAGCCAAGCCACCUGGGACUCCCAGCUGGGACAGUCAGAAGCACCCCUCCCGAGACAACGGCUCCAGUGGCAGCUUCCUCACUGGAGGUCCCAGCAACCCGGGCAGAAAGCGAUCCAAAACCCAGGCUUCCCGGCAACGCUCUGCAACCACUCUGGAAGAAGGACAGAGCAGCCUAGCAAAGGCCCCUCAUGUGAAUAAUAUCCCCACUCUGGACAAGACCCCCACCCCAGGGAAGGCCCCGUCUCCUCAUAAGGCCUCCAGCCCAGAGAAGACUAGGUCUCCAGAUAAAGCCUCCAGACCAGAGAAAACUCGGUCUCCAGAUAAAGCCUCUAAGCCAGACAAGACUCGGUCUCCAGAUAAAGCCUCUAACCCAGAGAAGACUCGGUCUCCAGAUAAAGCCUCUAACCCAGACAAGACUCGGUCUCCAGAUCAGGAUCCUAUUCCAGAGGAAAUCCUGACUCCAGAUAAGGUCCCUACCCCAGAGGAGACCCCAACUCUGGAGGACAAGGCCCCCAGCCCAGAAAAGACCCCAUCUCAGGACAAGGCCUCCAGCCCAGAGAAGACCCCAUUUCUGGAUAAGGCCCCCACUCCAGGGGAAACCCUGACUCUAGAUAAGGUCCCUACCCUAGAGGAGACCCCAACUCUGGAGGACAAGGCCCCAAGCCCAGACAGGGUCUUUUCUGUGGAUGAGGCCCUUGCCCCAGAAAUCCCACCUGAAGAUGAAGCCCCCAGCCCAAAGAUGGCCCCUCUUAGGGACGAGGUCCCCACCCUAGACAGGGUCUUGACCCCAGAGCAGGUGCUCUCUGAAGAGGCCUCCACCCGAGACGACACUCUGCUCCAUCACUUCUCUCCGGAGGAAGCCCUGCCGAAGGUCAAGCCUCCUGUGGCCGAUGAGGCUCAAUCCCAGGAGGAGGUCCAUAUGCCAGAGGAGCCCCCACUCUGUACGGUGAAACACCCCCUGGAUAAAAGGGAUAGCUCCCCACUCCAGUCUGAGUCCAAGCCAGGGUCCAUGCCCGCCCUUGAGAAGGCCCACCCCCGGGAAGAGGCGACCACGCCUCUCCAGAAGGCACCUGCGAAGGAUGAGACUACCCUCAAAGAGGAGGCGCCCCCCAAAGAGGUAGCCCCUACUGAACAGACUCCACAUCCUAUCGAGCCGACUCCACAACCGCAGGAGACUCCCAGCCUCCAUUCCCUGGUCCCGCAAAAUCCUACGGACAGCGAAGGUGACAGGGGCGACAUAAAGAGGCUACAAGACGAGGUGGUGUCUUUAAGGCGGUCGCUGGAGAUGAUGGGGGUGCAGCUGGAAAGGAAGCUGACCGACCUCUGGGAGGAGCUGAAGAGGGAGAGAGAGAAGCGCCAGUUGCUGGAGGAUCGGCUGAAGCGGAGGACCCAGGAGUCCGGGGCCAGGGGCUCCAUCCACGCGCAGACGCAGACGCAGACGCACUGAGGGUGGGCCCGGGAGGGACUACGGCGAGACCAGGAGCGAAGUCUGGCUCCGGCCACCCACGUCCUUGCACACGACUUUGGGAAACGCAAGAAAGUAAACUGCUGUGUACGCGCCGCGCCUGCCUGGUCCGUGCGGGGGCGGGGCCUGCGCGGCGGGGGCGGGGCCGGCCUGGCGCUCGCGGCCCUCCGCAUUCCUGGCGGUCUCUCCCGGGCACAUCUGGCCAACAUGUGGCUCCCAUUACC